GUGAGUCACACACAUCAAUUGCAAAUGGGACACGAUGGCUUGCACCACGCAUUAAAGUUACAUCCUUCUAAUUCCUUAAGUUUGUGAACAAGGAACCGAAUACGUCAAUAUCGGGAAAUCGUUUAUGGGGAAUCGAGUUUAUUUUACCUCACUAUGACGUUUUCAUUCGGGGAACAGAAACACGCACACGUGCGCAGAAGAAGAAACGAGCAGCCCUUUAGGAAACAAAAGCAUUUGAUACAAAAUCUUGCUCAGGAACACGCCAUACCUUCUUGGAAUCGACCUUUUAGUUUUUUUUUUCCUUAUCCUUUCGGUAUCGACUCCUGUGCCAUUAUCAAAACCCACAAAUAUACAGCGUCUUCGUGUGUGACUUUUGACUCGGUUACUCAACACUCGUCAUACGAUAUUCUUGCGUAUCAUACAAUCCCACCCAUUAUUUUAUAUUCAAGACGGGAGGAGCAAGUUCCACAAAUCUUGAAUGCAGCAUCACAAGUUGUCUCGCAACUUGUAAUUCUUUUCUUGGGAUUUAAGGAGGGAACCUCGAGGAGUGGUCCAAGAUGGCCCUCUUGUAUUACGUCCUGUCCUUCUUAGAGGUAGCGCUGCUGAUUAUGUCUGUGUCAUCUGGAAUCGUUGUCUCAGUUCUUGUACGUCGGCAACUUGAAGCGUUCGCCGGGGAAUGCGUGCUGGCCGGCCAGGUCAUCUGGUACUCCCACACCCACUUUGAGCUGAGCCCCAGCGACGUGCCACGGUGCACCUACAUCAUCGCCGUACAGGCCGUGGCUGCAGCUGUUGCCUUCACCUACGGCUUAUACAGAGUCAUUGCGAUGUGCAGUGAACGUUUGGACUUCCCUGUAAUGCGAGUGAUAUGCAUCCCCGUGUACAGUAUCAUGACGGUCCUGACCCUGGCAGAGGCUGCCAUUUUGUCGCAUGGACUCAAUGAAAUAUGCGGGGGCUUCCAGGGUCUGAACGUCGUAACCACCAACUACGAGUGUGCCACGUUUCAGCUAGUCGACUGGCAUAUCUACGACGGCGGCGGUUUCUACGAUGAUUACUCAAAAGCCGAGAUAUCUGGUUGGAUAUCGUUUGUGGCCUGGGUGUCCCUCGUCGCCAUUGGCGUGCUUCACUGUUUAUCCGAUAGACCAGACAAUGCGUUCCCCUCGCCCAACAAUGCAAAGUAAAGUCGCGGGAGCCGAGAGCGUCAACAGCUGUAAUACAUUCGUGCCGGUGUCACGGUCUUACUUCUCCGGCGUGCUAGCUUCUCCGGGUGAAUGCGGCGGAUAAUUGAGCACGUUACAGUGCACGUUACAUGAGCACGAUACAUGCUCAUGUGUCCGCUGUGCUUACUUUUCCUUGGGCUGUGUUCUGAAGUAAGUCCAUUACAAGAAUGUGUUAUGUAACA